AUGAGUGGGUGUGUGAUUUCAAAGAAGAUUGGAGGGUUCUGUAUUCAGCGGAGGUUCAAUUCAGUUCUUGCUGGUGAUUACCAACUCCGUACCACUAACACCUUAAAAAAGCCGAAGUUUGACUUGAACUAUUAUGAGAAGAAAUAUGAUUUAUUUAAAGAUAUUUGCAAACGCAGGGAAGUACCUUUCACAAUGUCAGAUGAGUAUGUGGAAUCACUAAAAAGACUAGAAAAUCUAAAGCAAAAGAUACUUUUCUCAAAGCAAGAAUUGAAUAAGUACAGAAAGACAAUGAAGAAAUUGAUUGUAGAACAGAGGAAGGCUGUCACAAAUUGCCAGUCAGAAAUCAAUUUGUUGAAGGGUAAGAUUAAGAAUAUGAAGGAGCCUACAAUUCAAAUGCAAGAAGAUGCCACAAAUCUCGAAGAUAAGUUAACUACCGAGGUGGCAAGACUUCCAAACUUGAUCCAUUCAUCUGUCCAGUCAAAGCAAAAGCUUGUAAAAUAUUUGAACCCUACAAAGGAUAUUGUCGACUCGGGACUUGAAGAUUUUCCUCUCAAAAGCAAUAGUAAGUUUGACCACAAAAAUAUCAUGGAGAAGUUGGGUCUUGUCGAUUUUAAGGAAGCUACACGGGUUUCUGGAAGAGGCUGGUACUAUUUAAAGGGAGAUGCUGCGCUCUUAGAGGAAGCACUUGUUCAGUAUGCAUUGAAAUGUGCCCGCAAGUUUGGAUUCAAGAUGAUAAUUCCUCCUUCCAUUGUAAAGACCGAAAUCACCAAUGCAUGCGGCUUUAGACCGAGAGAUCAGAAUAAUGAAAAACAAGUGUACGAAAUUGAAGCAGAUGAGAACUCUGAAAGAAGUCUUUGCUUAACCGGCACAGCGGAAAUUCCUCUUGCUGGCCUUAUGUCAAGUCAUACAUUUAACGAUACGGAACUUCCAAUGAAAUAUGUUGGUGUAUCUCGUAGUUAUAGAGAGGAAGCAGGUGCAGCUGGAAGAGAUACCAGGGGUCUUUACAGAGUUCAUGAAUUCACUAAAGUGGAACUGUUUGCUUGGACAAAAAAUGAGGAGAGUACGUCCAUGAAGAUGUUUGAUGAACUAGCCAAUUUUCAAAUGCACUUUAUUGAAAGUCUUGGCUUAACCGCUAGAGUUCUUAUUAUGCCAUUUAAUGACUUGGGUGCGCCGGCCUACAAAAAAAUUGAUAUUGAAGCACUUAUGCCGGGAAGAGGUGCCUGGGGAGAACUCUCUUCUGUAUCUAAUUGUCUUGAUUAUCAGUCUAGACGCUUGACUACUCAAUGGAGAAAUCCUAUCAACAAUAAAUUGGAGUACGUUCAUACAUUGAAUGCAACUGCGUGUGCAGUUCCAAGAGUUAUCCUAGCAAUUGUUGAAAACUUUUACGAUUCAACUUCCGGUACCAUAGCCAUUCCGGAGGUUUUGCGGCCUUACAUGGAUGAUAAAACUGUGAUCGGAAGACAAUGA